GAGGGGUCUCUCUGGGCCGGUCAGGGAGGAUCUCCGUCUGUCUCCGCUGCCGCUUUCACUGCGACUUCCUUCUGCCAGGGACAGGCGGCUGCUUCUGUUGUGGAUCCUGCGGAGCACUUGGCCAUACAGGGCAGCGAGGAUGGAGCAGCCGGGAACGGAGGCCGAUGCCGAGCCGGUGGCGGGACCCGACCCGGAGCUGGCAGCCACGAUGGGCUUCUCCGGCUUUGGAAAGAAAGCUCGGACAUUUGAUUUCAAUGCAAUGUUUGAACAAACUCGAAGAACUGCUGUUGAAAGAAGUAGGAGGAUGCUGGAAGAGCGCGAGAAAAAGGCAGCUCAGAAAGAAACAGAAUCUGGAAGCCAAUCUGAAGGCCUUGAUUCAAGAGCUGCAUCGUCACGUCCAGCAGCAAGAACACCUUCCAGCAAUUCAGCCAGUAGUGAAAGUGAUGACAGUUCAGAUGAAGAACCAAUUGGGCCAUCUCUGCCACCCCAAGGGUCAUUGGAAGAGUCUGAUGAUGAGAUCAUUGGUCCACCACUUCCUCCUGGGUACAAGGACAGUGAUGACGAGGAGGAGGAAGAUAGUAUGCAGGAAGAAGAAGAGGAUCCUGUCAAGAAGAUUCCUGACUCACAUGAAAUUACACUACAUCACGGAACAAAAACAGUCACUGCUUUAGGAUUGGAUCCCUCAGGUGCCCGUUUGAUAACUGGAGGCUAUGACUAUGAUGUUAGAUUUUGGGAUUUUGCUGGAAUGGAUGCAUCUCUUCAAGCUUUUCGAUCUCUGCAGCCAUGUGAAUGUCACCAGAUAAAGUCUCUGCAAUAUAGCAGCACAGGGGAUGUCAUUCUUGUUGUUUCGGGUAACUCUCAAGCUAAGGUCCUUGACAGAGAUGGCUUUCCUGUAAUGGAGUGUGUAAAAGGAGACCAGUACAUUGUAGACAUGGCCAACACCAAGGGACACACAGCAAUGCUUAAUUCAGGCUGUUGGCACCCCAAAAUCAAGGAGGAGUUUCUGACAUGUUCCAAUGAUGGGACUGUGAGAACGUGGGAUGUUAACAACGACAAAAAACACAAAGGGGUUUUUAAACCACGGACAGCUCAAGGUAAACGAGUGAUUCCCACGAGCUGCACGUAUAACAGAGAUGGUAAACUCAUUGCAGCGGGCUGUCAAGAUGGGUCCAUCCAGAUCUGGGAUAGGAAUAUGAAUGUUCAUACCAAGUUCCACUGCAGGCAGGCACAUGCUCCAGGCACUGACACUUCAUGCUUGACAUUUUCCUAUGAUGGUACUGCCCUCGCCAGCCGGGGAGGAGAUGAUACCUUAAAAAUAUGGGACAUCAGACAAUUUAAAACACCACUUAACUCAGUUGCCGGUCUACCUAGCUUCUUUCCCAUGACAGACUGCUGUUUCAGCCCAGAUGAUAAACUACUUGUUACUGGUACUUCUAUUAAGAAAGGAGAUGGAAGUGGAAAACUUCUUUUCUUCAAUCGGGAGACAUUUAAGAAAGUGUAUGAAAUAGAUGUCACAGAUGCGAGUGUUGUUCGUUGUCUCUGGCAUCCCAAGCUGAACCAAAUCAUGGUUGGUACAGGAAAUGGAUUAGCGAAGGUAUACUAUGAUCCCAUCAAGAGCCAAAGGGGAGCAAAAUUAUGUGUCGUGAAGACAAAAAGAAAAGAGAGACAAGCUGAAACGCUCACACAGGAUUACAUAAUAACACCUCAUGCACUUCCAAUGUUUCGUGAACCGCGUCAGAGAAGUACAAGGAAGCAGUUGGAAAAGGACAGGCUGGAUCCCAUGAAAUCUCACAAACCUGAACCCCCAGUAGCAGGACCAGGACGUGGUGGUCGUGUUGGAACUCAUGGCGGUACUCUGUCUUCGUACAUAGUCAAAAAUAUUGCACUGGAUAAGACUGAUGAUAGCAACCCUCGAGAGGCCAUUCUGCGGCAUGCGAAGGAAGCUGAGGAGAACCCAUACUGGGUUGCUCCAGCAUAUUCUAAGACGCAGCCAAAAGCAGUUUUUGCAGAAGUAGAAUCAGACGAAGAUGAAACAGAUGACAAACCAGAGUGGAAAAAACGUAAAAUUUGAAGAAUUUAAAUUGGAGGAUCACAAGGGACUUGGGACAAAGUUGAAUAAUUUUCCUUAUGCAAGAGAAGUCAAGAUUUCUUCAAGAAAACUUGUUUUCAUGUAGAGGACUAUUUUCACCACCCUGAAAGCAUAUGAUUGCUGCACAUUGAAGCAGAAUUGUUUAGCAUUAAAUCUGCAUUUUGUAAGGGAGUCAAGUUCAUAAAUAAAUGCUUUUAAAAAAAUAA